UGCAUUAUAGAACUGCAGUUUAUCAUUAACUGAAAACUGAUGAAAAUAGUUAAGAUGAUUUGAGCUGCUGCUCGUGACAGUCGAGAGCUCGAUCAUGAUGGUUUAUUAUCGCUUAUACUGGACGCUGUGGAUAUUGUCGUGUUUUGGACAAUAUUUGGGUCAAGAUCUGCAGAUCCCUGCGCCGCCUAAUAAAGAAGAAGGAGACAGUGUGGUGUUCACUCCUGACAAUCCCCCACCCUCCACAUCGAUUUUUAUAACUCAAUGGUUUUUUGGUACAACACCUAUAAUUACAGCAGCGUCUGGUGUACCUACAGUAAACCCCGCAUAUGAAGACAGAGCCAGUUUUGACAGCAACACUCUCGCUCUGACGCUGGAGAAACUGAGACACAGUGAUUCUGGAAUAUACGAACUCAGAGUAACAACUACUGCUGGAGGGACACUUAUUGGAGAAACUUCACUACAAGUCGAAAAACUCUCUGUCAGCCUUAUUGGUCCAGAGGAACCAUUAAUAGAGGGCGAAUCAUCUGCUAACAUCACCUCUGAAGGAAAUGGCAACAUCACCUCUGUGCAGUGGAUGAAAAAUAACAGUUCUCUUUCUCCUAGCAACAGCAUCAUCUUCUCACCUGAUUUCAGAUCAGUGUCCAUCAGUCCAGUGCAGAGAUCAGACAGUGGGGAAUAUCAGUGUAAAUAUACAAACCCUUUCAACUCUGAGACGGCAACAUACAGCCUGAUCAUCAACUAUGGACCAGAUGAUGUUUCUAUUAAGGGUCCGGAUGUGGUGGAUUUAGGGGUUCCUGUGUCUCUGUCUUGCUCUGCAAAUUCUGUACCUUCUGCCUCAUUCAGAUGGAUGUUUAAUGGAACAAACACCGGUGUGACCACAGACACAUUCACCAUAGAUAAGACUGACUUCACAGACAGUGGAGAUUACGACUGCACUGCCUGGAAUAACGUCACAAACAGAAGUGCCACACAAAGACAUGCUUUACUAGUUAAAGUCGGUGGUGGAGGAGGAGGACUGACAACAGGAGCGAUAGUUGGGAUUGUCAUUGGUGUUUUAGUGGCAGUUUCAGGCAUUUGUGGUCUGAUUGUCUAUUUAAUAAAAACCAAGAAAAUCCCAGUGUUAAACAAGGAACAAAAAGGACAAGGAAGUGGAGCAGCAUCACAAAGCAGACAACAGCCUGACUCACACUAUGAAGAAAUGACUGAUAUCCAGAAGACAAGGGGAGAAGGACCGGUUCCGUUGAAGAGGAGUGAAUCUAUUAUAUAUGAGAAUUUCAGACAAAACGAGUAUGAAAACUAAAAGCAUUGAGUUUCAAACAGACCAAGAUGUCCUUCAGCUCAGGUGACCAGGUUAAUAAUAUUUGAGUCCAGUCUGUCCCAUUGUACAGCAUUAUACUAUAUGUGUGCUUUGGUUGCAUCACAAAAUAAGUGCUAUUUAUUCUGUCCUGUAGUCUUGCAGUAAAAAUAAGUAAAUCAUUUGGUUGGAUUCUUUUAUUAUAUGCUUGUGUAACGUCUCUAUUCAGGUAUCAAACCCUCCUCCUGUGAGCAGGUGAGGAAGUGAAGACACUGAAACAUCUACUGCCAGAUGAUCUGUCAGGCUGUAUACAUUUCUUUCUUUCUUUCUUUCUUUCUUUCUUUCUUUCUUUCUUUCUUUCUUUCUUUCUUCUAAAAUGCAGGCCUACACUGAAUCUAUGCACACAGAACUCAGUAGAACAGAUUUAACAGCUGUCCUACAUGUUUCCCAUCUCAUCUGUGUUGAUUUAAUAAAUAUUUUGGCUAGUUUUCUAAAUUAUAUUUAUUUAUAAUUUAUAAGUUACUAUAGCUAAUAUUUAGCUAGUAUUGAUCACACACACACCCAACAGUUUAUCAGAUAUCAUUAGAUACAUCCUCAUUCUUUCUUUCAUUCUUUCCUCAUUCUUUCUUUCACUGGGAAAUAAAAGAACUGUGAUAGUGGGUAAAAAAAACAGGUUACGUUGUUGAGUAGAUUCACCUUUAGACCUGAACACAACGUCAAUCAAGGGAAAGAAACAAGGAAGUGACAUGGUCGAAAAAUAGGGAGUUUUGGUAAAGAAAUUUAUUGUUCAUUAUCUUCUUGAAAUAAUGUAAUUUAAAUACUUUCCUGUUAUUUCAAUUUUCUUUGCUCAGAAUAAAGAGUUCCUUUCUUAUUCUUUCCAGCUUCUGGUUCUGGUUUUUAGCACUUUGGAAUAUUUAAGGCCACAUACAAUACUGUAUUUUUUUUCUUCAUGAUGUGGGCAGUUGUGGCCUAGAGAGUCAGAAUUGUAACCCGAAGGUUGCGGGUUUGAUUCUCUGUACCUGCAGGAAAAUGUAGGUGGGGGGAGUGAAUGAACAGCACUCACUUCCAUCCACAAUACCCGCGUGCAAUCGCUCCCCAUGCAGCCGGCCUGCCCACGGCUCCAGGUGUGUGUGUGUUCACUCACUGCAACUAAUGUGUGCACUAACUUGGAUGGGUUAAUUGCAGAGGACAGAUUCUGAGUAUGGGUUGCCAUACUUGGUCUUCACAUCACAUCACUUAAUGUGAUAACACUGACAUGCAAAUGAUAAGAACUUACCAAGGCAAGUGUAGUGAGUUAAACUGGUUGUAUUUUUAUCAUUAAGAUGAAUGAUUUUCAUCAUGGAUGAAUUCUGUACAAACUGCAGGUACCAAAACUGUCCACUUUCAGCACUUCAACACUAGGGGCCUCAUUAUAAAGCGUGCAUACACACAGAUUUGAUCAUGUGUGCGUAAGCAUAAAUCCACGCCAACGCUUUUAUUUAUAAAAACGGUCUUUGACGUGGAAAAGUGCUUAGCGCCACAUCAGGGUCUGAGCAGACAUAUGCACUUUUCCUUGUCAGAUUACUGCAGGUUUUUGUAAAUCUAAGCUAUUCUUGCAGCUCGCCAUUCUAAAUUAAAGGAUUUGGACGAUGAGUGGUGAUCUUUUAUAUGUAAAUGACAUUAAUUAGGUGUCGUUUACAAUGCGGAAAACUGAAAACCAUUCAGCUGCGUGCAAGUUCAAAAUCAUUUGCGAUUUAUAGAUUUCACAUCUGAAAGAGAGGCGUACGCACGAGAAAUGAGAAAUGACACCUUUCCUAGUGAAGACCGAAUACCUUUGUGACACAUAAGACGUGUUUUAUCUGUUCAAUAUAUAUAUAACAUGAUGGUUUUAUGUAUAUUUGAGUUUUAAUUGGGUUACAUGUUGUUUUAGCCAUUUUAUUCCUCUUACAUAUUUUAAUGUGUGUAUGUCUUUAAAUGUGUAUGGGUCUGCCUGUCAUGUGACUGAUCACAUGACAGGAACCAGGAAGUAAACCAGUUCCUAAAGGAGGCAGCAUGACAAGCAAUCACCCCCUCAUUACAAAUGUGAUCACGUGUAGCUGG